AUGGCAUGUAUAGCGAACAGUCAGGCUGACAGUGUCGCCAACACGGGGGAAAAUCGGGCGGUACAGCCAGUCUCAGAGAGGCCACAGACUGCUUCUAAGCUUUCCACUAAACAAAAUUUGGAUGUGAAAGAUGAGAAAACGGAGAAAGUUCCUGCACCUUCAUUACCACGUGACAGCAUCAAUGUCAAACCUGCAGCUUCCCCCCGAAGUACAGCUUCCCCACGAAUUGCAGCUUCCUCCCGAAACACAGCUGCCCAACGAACCACAGAAAGCAAGUCUACGAGCAAAGCACCCAGCACAAAUUCUCGUCCUUUAUCUGCCAGAAAGCCAUUGACAAAAAGUGUUCAGCCAACAACAAGUAUUCAGCCAACAGUAUCAUCUAGCCCCAGAAAUACAAAAGGACAACUCAAUGUGCAAAAGCAGAAAUACAGUAAAAUGAAGAAGGAACUGAAAGACAAGCAGGGUGAGAUGUUUCAUCUGUAUGAUGCCAUGGUUAAACUUAGAGAAGAAAUGAUAACUGCUGGAGUGAAAGAUGUUGAAAUUCCUGAACAGCCAAAAAUUGUGGAUGUAGGACCCCUGGGAGGAGGUGAAGAUCUCAGUUCUGCUCACAAGAGAAUUGCUCAUGCCACAGGAAAUAAAUCUGCAUACCUCUCGGCAUUGGAAGAAAAGCUGAACAGUGUUUCGUUUUGGUGUUUUGACUUAUGCCAGAAGGCUGUUGCAGUAAACAAUAGUGUUCUUACAGAACUUGGUCAUAUGGGGCGUGACAAGUUGAAAGUGUCUGAUAGUGAAAUGCAUAAAACAAUUGAAGGUUUGAAGAAGGAAACUCCUUAUGUGGAACAUAGGGCUGCAACAAAGAAUCGCCAACUUGUCCUGUCUUCCGCAGAGACUAAAUCAGUGCCGACAAGUGGAGCUGAACAUUCAAACCAGUUGUGUCGACAGAUUGGUGAAACAAUGUCUAAGCUCAGCAUUAAGAAAAAUGGUGACGGUGAGAAGGUUAAAACCAAAUUUAAAGUUCUUUUCAUGAGUAAAGAGACUGAGCCAGUGCCAAAAUCUGAUGAUGAUGAGGCACCAUCAAGGGGAGCAACAGAAAGAGUAUCACAAAACAAAUCAGCAAGGACAGUAAAAGCAAAGUUUGCUACAAGUACUGCAGCAAAAACUGACUCAAACAGCUCCAUCACCAGUGAAGGUACCAGCAAACAGCAAUGGCACCCACAGCAUCAGCCAAGCCAUUCACUUAUGCAGUCUCUGGAGAAAAAAAGGCAGUCUCACAAUGACACUGUGACAGAGGUUCUGCAAGAGAUGAAGGCUCUGCUCCAGGAGAGGGACUCCCUGAAAGAAAGCCAGAAAACUAACUUUGAAGAGGAACUUGCACAAGUCCAGAGUGAAAGGAAUGCUUUGGCUGAAAAACUUAAAGCUGAAAUUUUGAAAGGAAAGGGAAGACAGGUUGAAACAGAUACUCUGUUGAAUAAUGCUCGCCAGAAAAUAAAAGAUGUAGAGUCGAAAGUUUCAUCACAGGAGAACAGAAUUCAGGGCUUCCAUUCUCAGAUGAGAAAGUUUGAAAGUCAGAUUAGAUCUAGAGACCGUGCUCAUGCUAUGCGAUUAAAUGACGUGUCUGAGACAACAAAAAUGUUAAAGGAAAGUAAACAGGCACUUGAGAAGCAAAAAGAAGCUUUGGAACAAAGGGUGGAAGAUUUAAAGAGAAUUAUGAACCAGAAAGAGCGAAAACAGGAUGAUACAAUAAGCAAAUUGAAUUCUAAAAUUAAUGAGUUGACUGUCAUGUUAAGUGCAGAGCAAGAUGAAAAGCGAAAACUGGAUAAAGAACUGGAAACUACCAUCAGUCAGAAGAUUGCAAUGGAAAACUUGAAGAACGAAUUAGAAUUGCAGAAGAAUGAAAUCGAGAAGAAGCUAGAUGAGACAAAGAGUGCUCUAAGCAAUGCUAAAAUGAUAUCUGGUGACCGAGCUCAAGCAACACACAAGGCAGAAUGGGAGCUGCAAGAGCUGCAACAGAUGGAUGGACUGUCCAGAGGCACUGUCAACUAA